AUGCCCAAAACCUUGGUUUCCCUCAGUCAUAAUGGUGCAGGUUAUGAUCAAAUAGAUGUUCAACCUUUUACCGACAAGGGCAUUCAAGUUUCCAAUGUCACUGUUCCAGUGGAAGGUCCAACUGCUGUUACUGCUGUGUUUUUGGUGUUGUCGUGUUUGAGAAACUACCAAGAAGGACACCAAAUCUUGUAUGAUGGUGGUUGGGAUAGCAAAAAAUGUGGAGGUGCUAAAUUGGGCCAUAGUCCGGAAGGUAAAGUUGUCGGUAUCUUGGGUAUGGGAGGAAUUGGUAGAGCUAUCAGAGAUAGAUUGAAGCCAUUUGGAUUCACCAAAAUACUUUAUCAUAAUCGUAAGCCACUCAGUUCUGACUUGGAAGGUGGUGCUGAAUACGUUUCAAAAGAAGAUUUGUUCAAACAAGCUGAUAUUAUCUGUAUCAGUGUUCCAUUGAAUGCUCACACUAAACAUUCCAUUAACAAGGAGGCUAUCAGUCAAAUGAAAGACGGUGUCAUAUUAAUAAACACUGCUAGAGGUGCUGUUAUUGAUGAAAAAGAACUCCCUGAAUUGCUUAAAUCAGGAAAGAUUGGAGCCUUUGGUGCUGAUGUGUUUGAAAAAGAACCAGAAGUGUCACCUGAAUUGUAUAGAUUGCCAAAUGUUGUCAGUUUACCACACAUGGGUACACACACUUACGAAGCUAUCAAGGAUAUGGAAGAUUGGGUCGCUGAAAAUGUGGAGUCGUGUUUAAAAACUGGGAAAGUGAAAACCAUUGUUCCAGAACAAUACAACUUGGAAAUUAAACAAGGUCCAUUAGUUUAA